GUCAAAAAACGGUAGCGGCCAGGCAAAGACAGCGGAUAUCCACCACCAACACAUAACAGUACUGCUAAACUUUGUCAACCAGUCGACUUGGCUGCUCAUAGAGAUGGCCUCGCCGCAGUCUUGGGAAGCGGAUGAAGCAGAUGCAGUCGAUUUUGCUGCGCCAUUGCGCGGCGUAGUGAUAUGCUGCACCAGUAUUCCUCCAGAUCAACGGCGCGACGUAGCGGAUAGAACGACAGAAAUGGGAGGCAUACACAAAUACGAUCUAACACCAGAUGUCACCCAUCUCAUUGUUGGCGACUAUGAUACGCCAAAGUAUCGCCAUGUUGCCCGCGAACGACCCGAUAUAAAGGCUAUGGAUGUGAAUUGGAUAGAAGCUGUGUCGGCACUGUGGAAAAGAGAUGAGGAAAUUCCUUUCAGAAAGCUCGAAUCCCAGUACCAGCUGAAGGCGCUACAGAAGUGCGGUCCGGGCUCAGCGCCUGGAGGCGUGGAUGAAAGUGCGCUCACAAUCUGCCUGACUGGCUUCGGUUUAGAGUGGAAGGAGAUUGCGGAGAAGAUUCAGGCCAAUGGUGGCUUUCACAGAGCCGACUUGACGCGAUCAUGUACCCAUCUCAUCGUUAAAAAUCCCGAGGGCAAAAAGUUCAAUGCAGCAAGGUCAUGGAAAGUUGCCACCGUAACAUUGGAGUGGCUCGACCAGAGCAUACAACGGGGUCUUAUUCUGGACGAAGAGAAGUUCGACCCCCUUUUGCCUCCGGAAGAACAAGGCGUGGGAGCAUGGAAUAAGAAGGAUGCCGAAGCAAUGCGCCAGAAGAAGCGAUCAAGGUCAAUGAUUGCGCCUGGUCAGGAGGAUGGCGCGCGCAAGUUGCGCAAGACCGCAAGCAUGAAGCUCAACUCACAACAUACACAUCUAUGGGGCGAUAUUCUAGGAAAACCAACGUCUAGAGAGAACUCGUUUGCUCAGGACAGCACACCAGCAUCGCCUGCUCUUACAAGUGCAGUGAUCCCUGCCUUGGUGGCGCAAAAGGGCAUUUUUGGCCACUGCAUUUUCUAUAUGCAUGGCUUCAACACUAAACAGCGCGAAAUCCUAGAGCAGGCUAUUACAGGAUUGCAUGGAGCUGUGGUGCCAACAUUAGAGGCUGCUGCUGCAUCUGACCGAGAAGACAGUGUAACGCAGCGGUUUCUCAUCGUCCCGCAAACCUCACAGCCGGAAACACAUCCUACAGUCCCCGACGGCUUCAACGUCAUAACGGAGUUGUAUAUUGAAAAAUGUCUCCAUUCCAAGCAAUACUUCGAUCCAAACGACUCUGUCAUCGGGCGACCCUUCCCACUAUUCCCCAUCCCUGGCUUUGUCGAUUUGAAAAUCUGCUCUGCGGCAUUCAAAGACUUAGACCUAAACCAGAUUGCAAAAACCGUGAAUCAGCUUGGAGCGUCGUUUGAAACAAACUUCAACCGCAAUGUCUCCGUCCUCGUUUGCAAAUCAGUAGCGGGAACCCGCAAGGAGAAACUAGAAUAUGCCCGGCAGUGGCAAGUGCCCGUUGUUUCUCAAGACUGGCUCUGGGAGUGCAUCUCUACCGGCUUCAAUGUACCCUUUGAUAACUUUAUCCUCCCAGGCUUCCCGAAACCAGCACCUAAGGAGGACUCAGCUGCGUCUGUGGAAUCUGGGCGACAGCCUAGCCUCAAGCAAGAUUCAGUAGACCUAAAGCAGAAUGUUCGCUCAGAGAAGCGGCCUCCCGCGGCGGCGAAACUCGACGCAACAGCAUUCGACAGUGAAUCACCCAAAGACGGAUCAUCAUCCACCAAACAUAGCACCAAAGCAAAGUUAGAUAGCGUCUCGACCGCAGACUUCAUGACAGCCCGUUCUCGCUCUGCCGGCACAUCAGCCAAGGAGAGUGACGCGCCAUUAUCCGAGCGAUCAUCAUCAUCUUUAAACAAGUCCCCGUCACCCACAAAGCCCGCCUCAGACUUCGAUCUUGGCGGAAAGAAGGACGGCGGAAACACUCGUUCACGUUCCGUCAUAUCAAAAUCCAACUCUGUAUCGUCCGACGAUGAAGCAGCCAAACUUGAGCAAGCCCGUAAAGCAGCCAAGGCCGCUGAGCGAGAACAGCUCACAUCACGUAUCACCAGCCUGUUAGAUGAAGCCGCGCCGACGCCCGAAUCCGGCUUCGGUACAUCUGGAGCAGGACACUCUGGACCCCGUCCACGAAAGAGACAAAUCCUCGGCCGCGCCACAAGCAACGCCAGCAGCGCAGGAGGUAGUAUGUCUGCGUCCAUACUCCAGAGGGCGUUGUCUUCUGUCGAUGGCAUGGCAGGCGAAGGGGAGGACGAUGCGCAGGAGCCGCCGGGCACGCAGCUCGAUUACCGUGACCCCCAGGCUCAAGAGCGUCGAUCAGCGUUAAUGAGUAGAUUGAUGGGACAGGGUGCACCAGAAACUACGACAAGGAGCACUCGGCGCAAGAGCUGAAUGUAUCCUUGCGUUAAACUCGCAUAUGAAUAAGGCGUUUACAGGGGGCUCUUGAAAGCAGGCAUUUGGGGCAUCAUCUAACUAGACAUGUACGAAUCAUGAAAUAUAUCUACACACAACCAACUUAACACACGUCUAUGGUCCUUUGGGUUGUAGAAAAGUGUAAAAGGCGCUGUUCAAGCGCUAAGUAUUAAGUAAACAAGACUAAAAAUGUAAAGUACUCUGUCUUUUCCUCAUCUAUAAUAAACAAAAUAUUUCUGUCCCAAGUAUCCUUAGUACGCCUCGAGGUGUCCCCAAAACAAAAGAGUUUGGAAAGGAACAAUAAAAACAAAAUCAAGUCAAAACUCCGGGUGGACGCUGGGAUGCCAUUUCCUUUCUCCAUUGUCCAAGUGAGCCAAAAAGGGCAAAUCCACAAAUAAAGUACGCUGGUUGAAAAAUGGUGGUGGUGGUGGUGAUGUGCUAUGUUGCAAGAAAUGAACAAGGCUCAGUAGUGAGAUCGGCCAGACGCGUGACGCAGUGCCUAGUACUUUUGCGAAUGGCGGUUGGUAGGAGAGUAAGGAUGGUCGUACGCUGUCGAUUGGGCGUAGUGGUCGUCCAUGUAGACGGUGCUGCGGUAGUCGUCCUCGGGGAGGAGCUCCUUGACCUCCCAGUUGUUCAUUCUGGUGCCGACAGAGAAUUCGAGAUCCUCCUUAGUGAUGGAGUCCCAGUACUUGUAGACCAUCAUGACGCCGAGCAAGUUGCAAACAGUGGCGAGGAAGAGGCCGUCAAAGUAGUGAGCGGCGGCAACGCAAAUCUUGCUGCUGAAAGCGUACAGGAUGACCUGGCCAAUAACAAAGAAGAAGACGCCAAAGAUGACGUCGCCAAGGGGCCAGCGGUCUCGGAGCGUGCGCGAGACAAGAAGAAUCUGCAGCACAAUGUACACGGCGAGCUGGACAGCGUUGAGCAGGUAGAGAACCACAAAGAGACCAAUAGUGUUGAUGGGGCUGAGGCCGGCCCAGCUCUUGAAUGUAGCGAGCGAGACGAGGAAGCUAACCGCGAAGGCGACAAGGGAGCAGAUUCGCAUCAUCCAGAGCGACAAGGGCGUGCCGUCUUCGUAGAGCUGGAAUCCUACAAAACCGUUGACAAGAAGACAAGUAAUAGUAGCGUUGGUGAGGCCGUUCUGAAUGGCGACAAAGUAUGGAUAAGGGUCGCUGCCGGGGGGGACAACGCCGGCGUCAAUGACGAGCGAGACAAAGGUGAGAAGCAUAUAGAGGUAGAAGAAGUUGAGGAUCUCCUUACGGCCAACAGCGGUGAACUUGCUACGAACAUGCAGAAUCAUGACCACCGUCAUGACGAGCGCAACAAUGUGCAUAGCGGACGCGGCGCCCUCAAAGAUGAUUGUGUUUGCGAGCUCGAUGUUUCGCGCGUAGCACGUCGGCUCGAUGCCCACGCUACUGACUGCCGAAGAGCCAGCGCCGACCGAGGCGCACAGCGGGAGCGGUGCAUUCUGGCAGAUGCUGGUGAAGUCGCCAAAGCCAGACAUGAUGAUGGUGGACGGGCGGUUAGUUGUGAACGAGCGUAAUCCGAUUCGAACAGAGAGUCGAGCGGGGAUGAGUUGUCGUCGGUAACGUGCGUGAGCCGAUUCCUGGACCAAAUCAAAUCAAGGCACACAAGAAAGCAGGCAAAUAACACAGCACGUUCAAUGUCUCGGAAGAAAGGAGAAACCCUCGUCCGAAUCACAACGCGAGGACGUCAAAGCACGAUGUCGGGUAAAUCUGCAGCGGAGGCGAGGUGCGAAACAAAAGAAAGAAAGUGGUGCGUAAUUUGCAAGUCGGGUAAAAAAAAGCCGUAAAAUGAGCAACAGAAAAGUAUCGAACGGUGCUUUGCUGCUUUGUGAUUUGCGGGUGAGACAGGACGCGGCGCAGGGGCAAGGUUUUGGUUGGCAGAAGAUUUGAAGGUGGGAGGAAGGAGAGGGAGGCCAGGCGUGUUUGGUUGCCAGGGGUAGACAACAGCAGUCAGUGUGGUGGUGGUGUGUGGUGGUGGUGG